AAGGAUAAUGAGGAACUAAUGAGUAGAGCACUUGCUGAGGAACUAAUGAGCUAAUGAGUAGUGGUUAGGGUCAGGGUUAGGUACUGUAGUUUGUUCCUCAUUACUAUAAUUUUGUGUACAUUAUUGUAAAGUGUGUUCAGUAAUUAAUCAGUAAUUAAUUUUUUAUGUAUGAGAACCAAGGUUCUCAACCUGCUCUGUGUCUUACUGCGCAGUGUGUUACGGUUUACAUUACUGUCAAGUUCUAACGAUUCAUAAUUCACUUUGUUUGACAAGUUACCACUAUAUUUACUUAGCCAUUUUUAUUUGCAUAUCCUUUUUAAACACUUAUUAUCGUGGUCGUGGAGCAAUGGACCACCUCUACACACUUGAAAGGCAACUGGAGGGAGCAUGGGAGUUUUUUCCAACCAGUCUUGGAAAGGACACCGUGUCCCUCGCUCUGUCCUGAGGGGGUGCUGAGGCAAGACGAGAGACUGUGCAUCUAUGCGAACUGCUUUCUGUGUCACUAAAUCAAUAAAGGUACUGUUGCCGCACACCUACCAUGUUUAUUUGUUCAUCUGAGUGUUUUAGCCUUUUUUCUUUGAGGUGUCACUAAGUUUAUUUGUAGGGAUCGCCAUUAGCGGUGCUUCUAAAAAAAAAAGCCCUGCUAUAUCCAAUAAGGAAUUCCAUAUAUAAUUGAACAACACUACCAAAAACAGAUAUUUGUGAAAAUGAGCAUAGAAUAGAACUGAAAAAUUUCCAUCUCGUCACGCUAGUGUUGAUCUGAUACUAUUGUGGUAUCGAUCCAUAUUUUGUGUAUGUUGUAGGACAUGGGGUACAUACAGGACAAAUAUAAAACACAUGCUUAUUUUUCUGACGCAAACCAAAGGCGGGGGGGAUGUGCUACGAACGUCACGGAAAUAAAGGAAUUGAGCUGCAUAACUUUGCCGCCCAUCACCACUGUUCCUAAACUUUUGUUGAGUUUAUUUCCUGAUCAAAAUCCACAGUUAAAUCCGUGUUCGUCUCCAACCUUGUAUUAGCAGAAAGGCACCUCCUUCGUAACCAUAGCAAUGGAAUACAAACAUUGGCGGAAAUUUGCGUCGAAGAUGGUCAAGGUAAAACGGGCUCCGAAGCGAGUUUUUAUCAACGCCGUAGAUUCAUAUGCAUCAAAAAAUAUCGCCAAGUGGCUUUCCAAACAAACGCUUCAAUCCAAUGCAACGACUGACAGAGAGGGUGUGAAAGUGAAAUCGAACGACAACGUGUUACAAAGUUACCCGGUCGUUGGGACCCUAUCAGAGGGUUCGGAGGAGGACACGCCAUAUUUGCAGGAAGCAUACGUGCAACUGAGUCGAGAAAUGAUUCUUGAAAAACUGCUGGAGUGUGACGUCAUCAUCUACAACAUUACCCAGCAUCCUGACCAGGUGGAUGAGGCCUGCUGGGCUGUGUCAGCCCUCCACAAUAAAAUAUCAAGUUUUACUGGACCAAAGAUGUUUAUCCUCGUCUCUACAGUGAUGACUUGGGCAUGCAGUGAGGCAGUCAUUUCUGGUGAGCUGGAGCUCCCUUUUACCGAUGAUGACUUUCGAAGAAGACAAGCCCAUCCAAACUUCAAACAACACAUUGAACUGGAGAAACUGGUGGCCAAACUGGGCAGGACUGAGAGAUCAUCGUUUUCCACGUAUAUUGUGGUGUCGGGUCUUCAGUACGGAAUGGGAGAGCAGGUUCUUCAUCUCUUUUUCAGGAUGUCAUGGCUGGGACAAGAAAAAGAAAUACCUGUCUUUGGAGAGGGCAACAACAUUGUUCCCACAAUUCACAUCCGUGACCUUGCAAGUGUGAUUCACAAAGUAAUCGAGCUUCAGCCCAAGCCCUAUUACCUGCUUGCUGUGGACUAUUCCAACAACACCAUGAAGGACAUUGUUAAGGCUAUUGCCGUAGCACUUGGACCAGGGAAGAUCCAGAAGAAGCCCUUUGAAGAGGCCUUCUUAGAACAGGAAUUAAGUAUAAUGGAAAUUAAUUUAAUGAACAUCAACCUUUGUAUGGAGGCUGCACAUCUGAAGGAACAGUUCUCUAUCCGCUGGGUAUGUGAGUUUGGCCUGGUGGAGAACAUAGAACUUGUCGUGGAAGAGUUUCGACAGAUCAGGGGACUGGUGCCCGUUCGGAUUUGUGUUCUGGGUCCCCCUGCAGUGGGGAAGAGCAGCCUGUCUCAACAGAUUUGUGAUCACUACAAGCUCCAUCACAUCCAACUGACUGAGGCAAUCUCUGAGACAAUCUCGCACCUGGAACAUAUGGUGAGGACCACUAUUUCAGUGGCAGAGAAUGAGGAGUCACCAUUAGCAAUAGAGGCUCAGGAACUCCUCAAUAUUUUCAAGGAAAAUCUGGAGCAGAAUGGAGGGAUGUUGGAUGACCAUCUGUUGGUGAGGGUGGUGGUGGAUAAGCUGAUGACUAACCCCUGCAAAAACCAGGGCUUUGUUCUUGAUGGAUUUCCAAAGACAUAUAACCAAGCAAAAGAGGUUUUCCAUGUUGAGGAACAGGAGUCAGAGGACAAAGCUUCUCCGGUUCCCUCGUACAACAAGAAGAUCAUGCCAGAGUUUGUUUUCUGCUUGGAAGCCUCAGAUGCUUUUCUAAAAGAAAGGGUGAUUAACCUCCCUGAGAAGUUGCUGCAGGAACACAAGUAUGAGCAGGAGAACUUUCUGCAGAUGUUAGUCAAGUACAGAGAGAAAAACAUGGAAGAACAAACAGUUGUGAAUUACUUUGAAGAGCACGGCAUCACCCCUUUCAUCACUGACAUAACCGAUGAGAAAGCACCUGACAGCCAACUGCUGAUGCACAGUAUCUGUGAAAGUGUGGGCCAGCCCAGAAACUAUGGACUGAGCAGCCAGGAGGUACAAAAAGAGGGGAGGAUCCAUACAGGUACCCCCGACGAAUUAGCAAGGGAACAGAAGGAGGUGGAAGAUGCCCUGCAAAGAUCUGCACAUUGGGAGAUGUGGACUAAGACUUUAGAGGAGAAAAGGCAGUGGGAAGUGCAGCAACUGGAGGUCCUGACUGUCCCGAUGAAGAACUACUUGAUGGACAUGAACAUCAUGACCACGAUGUCUCAGGGCUUGAUUGCCUGCGGCUCAGCAUGGCCUGAGGAUCCCAUAGACUUCCUGGCUGAGUAUUUGCUGAAGAACAACCCCUGACACUUUUUGUGUUCACAGAGAAGGUAGACGCACUGAAAGCUAUGGCAUUGCCAGCCAAAUAAUCGGUGACUGA